AUGAGAAAGCCAUAUGUACCCUUAAAAUUAGAGAGGAAUCCACAUGCCUUACCGGAUCUGAUCUACCAUAUACGGAAGAAAGUGAAUUUUCAGGGGAAGUACAUACUGAUGAACAGCAGAAUCCCGGCACCUCGUGCAGUAGAUAAGAAGUGCAGCAUUCCCUUUGUCACCACAAGUCAGACAUACAGGCGCCUGAAACACCUUUUCAGUCAAUAUUUUCCUACGCUAACUGACUACCGAAGCCUCUCCAGCACAGAAUAUCAACAGAAAUUGGAGUUCGACCCUCACCCGAAAGUGCCGGCUGCCAACCGCAGCACUCGACUGAUCGCCGACCGCCGCCGUUUGAGUCGCCGCCUGUGGAACAGUUCGUCGCCGUUCGCAAGCGGGGCCGCCGUCCGCGGAGGACAUGGAAACUGUAGCAAUGGCGAGGCUCGGUCGCAGGCGACUCUCGUCCAGUUUUCUGACGGGUGCUCGCAGCUUGGCGUAAGAAAGCCGCCUUCGAUUUGGUCGGCCUCACACGGGCACAACGAACAACUAUCGAUGCUUGCUGCCGGAAGCAAGAGAAAGAUCAAAUUGGGACGAUUAUUGGGUGCAGAAUUUGGAUUGAAUUUUGUAGGGAGAAAGGGGCUGGGAUCUGUUUCUCAAGAUGAAGAUGGAAAAGCCUCUGAUGAACCAUCUGAUGAUUUAGACUUUGGAACUCGUCAAACGAAAGAAGACCCUCAUUUCGAUUCAGGGAAACAAACGGAUGUCCCCGAGCGGUCUGUAUUAGCAACAAGAACAAAAUCAGAAGCUCUGAUGAAGCAAGCCAAUGAUCGUGAGGAAAGUCAUAACACGUCGGAGGUUGUUCUCGAUCAACCACUACAGAUUAUUGCAAACCUGGAAGUUGAUGUCCACAAGGGGGUAGAUGUCGGCAGCGCAUUGACAUUGACUCCGCCAUCCUUUGAUAUAAACAUUGAAGGGCUCCCAUCCACACAACAAUUGAAAGUGAACAACAAAGUACCACAAGACCAUCCAAUGGAGAUACCAAAUGAGACUCUAAACAAGAUGUCCUCUGGAGAAAUUGUAAAGAUGAACAUCGUGCAACCCCCGUGCUAUGAAGUUGCAGUGAUACCAAAACCAAACACCACGGUUUUAGGAUCUCGAAAGUUAAACACUGGCGAUUUUCUGAAGUGGUAUAUGAUGGUUCACUCAAGAGAGGUCGCAAGUUAA